AUGGAGAGCUUGGAAGAAGUCCUCGAGGAGCCAGAAGCCCUUGCCACACGUGUGGCACUGGUGCGUGACAACGCAGCCAAGCGUGCUCAGUGUCAUGCGGCCUUCAACAUCGAGGAAGCUUUCUGGGAUGGCAUGGAACGUGGAUCCAAUGCUGAAAUGCUCAUCACUGUGUCCUACAUCUUAGAGCUGAUCACGGCCGUCAUGGAGCGACACGACACCUCCAGAGGACAGUUAGUGGACUCCUUAGGUUUCAUGAGCUGCGUGGUCUCCUAUGACCUGGGCCGGCGCUGCCUGGAUCUGCUGCGGCGCAUGAUGUUGAGCAGUGACCAAUGUCGUGAGGAAGCUGGAAGAGGCGUGAAGACCAUCGUGGUGCCAACCGUCAUGGCCUUCGGCGAGGAGAACAUCAACAGCGACGUGACGAAGACGAUUCUGCUUGGAUUGUUGGACAUGGUGCAAGAGCAGCAGAUCAGGGAAGAGGUUUGUGACAUCAUCGAAGAAUUGCUACCAAUGAUGUUGACGUGGUUUUUGGCGGAAGAGUAUCUCAUGGAAGCAGAAGCUCACAUUGUGAAGCUUUUAGCCUACAUCACGGGACCUGAGGAGUACGCCCAAAAAGCGGCUUCCCCGGAUUUGGCCGCCAGGUGCAUCUCUCACUUGGAGAACAAGGCUCUCUUCGACAGCCAGCGCUUGCGCAGUACCUGGAUGGAUGUGCUACGAAUUUCCCAGAACAUCGUGAAGUAUGGCUCGGCAGAUAUUGUGGAUAUGUUCUACAAAGCUGCCAUUCACUCCAAGAUGGUGGCACGGCUACGGCAGGUCUUGACCUCGACGAAGGGUCGGCACAACGACCUGCCACUGGAGGCACGGACAAUUGCCUUGAUUUGCCACUUCGCCUCGGCCAUCAUGACGCGGAGCCCUGAAGCCUUGCACGAGUGCUGCGAUCCGAUCUGCCUCCAUGAUGUCUUGUGCCAUCUCUUGCGGGCGCAUGUGGUGGACCCAAUCAUCAUGGAGGCCGUGACUCGAGCCCUGCGCGUGAUGUUGGAAGAUCCAAAGGUGUACCACAAGCAGGCCAUCAAAGUCGUAGAAGAGCUGCGAAAGGUGACGCCAUUGCUGCAGUUUUUAGGGCAGAAGAAGUACCCUGAGCUGUACAAGCUGGCCAUGAACCACGAUGGAUCUCAGGAGAGUGACCCACCACCCUUUGCUGAACUGGAGAAUGACCUGGUCACUUCUGCCAUGGUGGGUAUCGUCUCAUUGGUGGAGUUUUUCGCGGCGGAAGAUGACAGUAUUGAAGAUGACCAAGCCAGACAACUGGUGAACGAUGCCAUGAACGUCCAGGGGAGAGAAACGAUCCUCCUGAAGUUGCUGGUGAUCCCAAACGACGAUCUGAAACUCAUCGUCAUGCGCUGCCUGAGCAAAGUUCCGCUCAGUCAGAUCGAACCAGACGAGAUGGGUGCCAUCGUUCAGUGUUUGUCGGAUGUGAAGAACAUUGGCGAGGGUCGCACUGAGGAAAUGUUGGCUCUGGUGGUUCGACAGCUGCAACGCUUGUUGUUGGCUCCUGGGGAGACAGGCCAGCACUUUUGCACCAGCUUCGCAGAGCGCGCAGUGGCAGAGUGUAGCGAGAUAUUGUUGGCGAACAGCGUGCGAGCCACCACGAAAGAGUCCGAUGAACGGGAGAAGUUGGAGCUCAGCUGUGCCAUCGUGAGCUUUUAUUUCAGCUGCAGCGGCAUUCCAUCGCUGCGGAGUUGUUUGAGGAACCCCACUAUCGAUGCCUUGUUUCCUCGUAUCAUGAAACUGGAGGAGGAGUUGCACACGCCGUUGGCCAUGGAUGUCUCUCUAGAACAGACUUGGCUGGGGAGAUCCCUAGAGAAUCUCUUGCAGUGCUUUCAAGGUGACAGACAGCUGCAACGAGACCGAAAGGUGACCAUCCGCAUACUGUGCCAGAUUGGCAAUGUCUUGGAAGGUCGAUCCAGCUAUCAGUCGCGAAGGAAUGGCCGAAAAAUGCUGAGUUUACAGGAGAUGACCCAAGUAGAGGCAGAGAUGUGGAAUAUGCAGGCAGUACAGAAAGGGCAGCGUUUCCUGGACAACCAGGAAUGGGAGGACCGCAUUCUUCAAGCGGUGAACUUUGUGGGCGCCGGGGGUCCAACCCGGCUACAGGAGUUCUUGUUGGAUCUUGCAGCGCAAGAACGUGAGGAGUACUACCUAGACCAAUAUGGCAAGAUCUCCGAGAAGCCGGACAUGAUCCUGCUGGAGGUGGAGGUGCUGAAGAACCAGCGACAAGGCGGAGCAAGUCAGCUACGAGAAGAAGAGGCUCAACAGGUCGACUUGGCAGAAGCAGAUAUCAACGAAUAUGAGAAAGUUGCCGGGAGGGAUGUCCUCAUGAUCGCCAUGCAACGUGAAGAGGAGGAGAUGGAUGAUGAUCAAAGUGCCCUCUUUGCUCAUCGCCCUGAUAGCUUGAACCUGGAUGAGGAGGUGUUCCAUGAUCUGAAGACAGGACGUGCAAAUCUGGCCUUCGCUGCAGCGGCCUAUUUGCGGAUUUUACAUGCGCUGCUGGUGCUGCCGCCAGAUCCCAGUUGCCGGCAGCAGAUUCUCAGGGAGUUGAGACAGCCAGAACGCUUGGCGAAGCUCAUCGCGUUGAUCUCGGGCCUGCCAGCACUCUCCUGCCACGUGGCUGCGAAGUUCCUGAGAGUCAUGUCCCAUGCUCUGGCGAUCGGUGCAGAUGAUGGAGAUCUUCCUUCACCCACCCUGGAGCAUUUCAGCAUGGUGGCGAUGUUCAUUCAACGCCUGGCUGAGUCCUUGUUGUUUCUGCUGAAACUCACAAAGGACCAGCGCUUAGAUCACAAGGAAGAAGUUCUCAGCGUUGAGAUCGCUCGUUUUGUUGGUUCCAUGGCGCAAACGGCACCCAGACUCUCCAGGGUCUCCAAUCGUUUCGAUCAACCCGAUCUCCAGCGGAUUUACAUUGAGAAGUUGCUGGAUUGGUUGGUGCCUUCCGCCGCUUUGCGCAUCUUUGUGGCAAUGAUUUUGUACGAGUUGCAGUUGGACUCGGGGGCCACCAGCAAGGCCAUCCACCAUGAGUUCGUCAGAGACGCCUACAAACGCGUGGGAAUGAAGGAGCAGGCGCUUAGCGCCCUGUCGCAGAUUUUGAUCCGCUGCUCGGCGUAUCGCUACGACGUCUUGGAGGUCUUCAGCGUGGGCGAAGUUUUCCUGGCGCAAAAUGUGCGACCAAGUUUUCUGGGAGAACUGCUGAUGAAUCUGAACCUAGGCAGUUUCACGCUCUUCGUGGAGAAAUUCAUUGCGGACUACAACCUGCGAACGAAGGAGCAGCACGUGCUGUUUAUGGAAACAGUUCGGGUGCAAAGCAAGCAAGGCUUCAACAUUUGUUUGUUCGUAGUCACCAACUGCAAGGUCUUUUUGCUGGAACCCAGUCGCAACAAACCCACCUUUGCGGCCGAAGGGGAGACCUUUGAGUGUUGGGAUGCCAGCUGGGAAGCCAUGUUUCCGCGGGAGCCAACGGUGCUAUGGGAGCGCGACUUUUCAAGCUUGGUGCGGCUUUGGUUGGGCUACGGCUCACAGAUUCUGGCGGUGGAAUGGCAGGGUCCUGGCAAGGGGCAGGACCUUGUGUCCUCUCCCAGUGACAACAAAAUCCAGUCCGAGGUGUACCUUUUUCACCGCCCCGAUCGAUGCACGACGCUGGCGGAAACUCUACGUGCUGCAGCAGCACAGGGCGAGGCGGGGGCAGUGCCGAUCCUGAUGGAUCCAGCCUUUCGGAAUUUGGUGCUGGCACAAACCCAGGAGGAGCAAGUGCUGGCCAUCACAGUGGCUGUCCACGGCCCCAAACCCAGGCAAGGGCUUUUCACUUCUGAGCAAAAGGCAGACCCUACGCCGCGGCUUUUCGUGCUCACAGCAGCUUCGGUGCUUGAGUUUGAUAUCAAGUCAAGUGCCUGGGCACCAAUCAAGGAGCUGGAUCCAGCCAUCUUUGAUGAUUUUACUCCGGCGGAUUUGGAGGAGGCUGCAGAGGAAGAGGAGGAAGAUGUGCUGCCAGCUCCAUCAGAGGAAGACAUGGCGUUACGUCACCUGCUACGUCUCUGCGGGUCGCAGCUGCCGGUCCCGGAAGGAGCUCCUGAUGGGACCAGCAGGCCUGUGCUGAGCCUUGUGAAGAAAUAUGCGUUGCCGCCCACGGAGAUCAGUUUCGAGACUCGCAACGAAGCUGACCUCAGUCUGCAGUUCUCCAGUGGUGCUUUGUGUAUCCGUUUCUUCACCGACAGCAGCCGCGAAAUCUGGCGAAGGGGGUUGGCCUAUGCACUGGUCAAGUCUGAAAAAGGCUGGUCUCGGCAGUACUAA